UUCUUUUUCUUAUUUAUAAAUACACUCUCUUGAGUGCCUCUCUUUCUCUCUCCCCUCCCUCUUUGAUGGCUUUACUUUCAUCAUGUUGGCUAAUCAUAGAAUCCAUUGUGAUUCAGGAUGGUUUCUUGAAAUGGUCCUACAUGAGAUUAUACAUGCACCCUCUUGUUCUCUUUCUUUGUCAACUUCUUCUAUGGCUCUCUGUCUUCCUUUUAUGGCUUGUCCCAUACUUUCAAGCGUCUUACAGCUCCUUUUUAUCGUUCUUGGUCACGUUCUCAAAGCUAUUUAAUAGUUUUCUACGAGUUAUUAUGAGUAGAAGGGAGGUUACUUAUAAUGUUGCGUCUAGGCAAGACACCCUUGUUAAUUUGGAACUUUCUAGGAGAAUUCAUAAUCCUGUUCCUUCCUUUAGCUUUUCGUUUAAACAUCAAGUUGAUAGUCAAUUAAAAGUUCUUCUAGUUCUCCAAGAAGGCAAGAUUCUUGAAGAUGAAGAUUUUUGCAGUCAACUUGAUCAAGAAGAUGGUGCUGUUCAUUUUCUUGAUGCUAAGGAAAGCGAGGAGGAAGAAGAUACUAUUGACUUUGUUGACGUUGUGAACGUGGAGAAUAAUCUUGAGUUUGAACUUCAGACCAUGCCAAUGGAUCAAGAUGAAGAAGAAGAAGAAGAAGAAGAAGAAGAAGAAGAAGAAGAUAUUGUUACCUCAAACGUUGGGAACUAUCUAUCUUCUCUAGAAGCUAGUGAUGAUAUAAAUUCACUCAAUAGCGAUGGAGAUCAACCCUCUCCUUUUUCUAUAUCAAGCUUGGAUUCAGUACUACAAGAAUCGAUUGUAAUAGAGAAUCCAACUCAUCGAGAUGAAGAUGAUGACACCAAUGAAGUAUGCAAUACAUACUGCCAAAGAAUGAGAUGGUAUGACAUCCUAAGCCGCGAUAGAACAUAUGGACUAAGUGUGAUGAUGAACCAAGAAAAGGCAAGUACUUUGAGCUUAUGGGGAAUAACAGCAGAGAAGAGGCUAAAACAAAGCAUAGAGAAGGAUCUUGAGCUAGUUUAUGUUGCUCAAUCAUGUUUAUCAUGGGAAGCUCUCCAGCAUCAGUACUUAAUAGUGAGAGAUAGAAUGAAAGCCUCUGAUUCGAAAGGCGGGUCAUAUGAAGAUAAUAUCUCUAAAGAAUUUCAGAAGUUUCAGGUUUUAUUAGAGAGAUUUUUGGAAGAUGAAAGGUGUGAAGGGAAAAGGGUAUUGAGAUUUGUUCAAAGAAGGUUUGAGCUCAUGAGCUUCUUUCAAGUCCCAAGACUUUCAGGAUAUAAAAGGAAGGGACCACAGGAAGGUGGAAGAGAGAGUAAUGAGAAACAAGUGCUGAAAGCAAUAGAGAGAUGCAUUACAGUCUUCUAUGACUUUGUGAAAGCAGACACCAAUAGACCUUUGGUUUGGGAAAGACUUAAAAUCUCAUUCGUCAACUCUCCUCUUAUGGAAGUGGAAGAUCCUAGAGACAUUAUGCUUUUCCUUAACCUUAAAAAUUUACUCCAAAAGAAGGAACAAUCGUUGAAGGAGGCACAAGGGAACAAGAAGAAGACUUGGUUCAAGAAGAAGAAUAAAUCUCCUUACAUGAAAGAAGAUGAGAUUGAGAAAGAUGAAAACUCAAUGUUACUAACAUUUCUAAAGAUAGAGUUAAAGCUUGUGUCUAGAGUUUUACAAAUGUCUUUAGUCUCAUCUUCUCACCUCAAAUGGUGUGAAGACAAGCUCAACAACAUUGAUUUCAAUGGUGGCAAAUUCUCUAGAACUUCCUCACCUAUUUUAUUCCCAUCUUAAUAUUAUAAACUACUGUUUUUUCACUUGUAACCAUUGUUCCAUUUUGCCAAGUCUAUCACUUUAGUGUUACCUUAGAGAGAGCGCAAGAGAGAUUUAUACAGAAGCUGACC